GGGCCGAGGGAAGCGGGCCCUUAGCAACGGGGCGAAGCUUCGCCGGGAGGGAGCGGCGGAGGCGCCAUGGCUCGCCAGAGCCCCGAGCCCUCCAUGGGCAGGCACAGGCCGGCCUCGGAGCUGACUCAGGACAUUUCCCAUCUGCUGGCAAGUGUCUUUAAGCAAAUGUAUACUUCAGAGUUCAUAGCAGCAAACACAGUGGAAAAUAUGAUCAAAUCCCGUGGAGGAGACAAUUCCCACCAUGAGCAGUUUGUGAAAGAGUUGCAAAAGGUCCACAAGGAAUAUAAUGGUCGGCUGACGGAAGCAGACAUGCUAGAAAGGCACAUCAUCCAGGCAAGGGCCCGAGCCGCAGCGGAAGAGGAAAGGAUCGUGAACUUAUGUCAAAUGGAGGUUCCAGAGAACUACUCUCAUAUUAAAAUGCCACCAGUGAGAUCUACCUUCAGAUGGUGUGUGGAUAGCAAGCUUCUUAAAGACCAUAAUUUAAUCUGCCCUGAAGAUUAUAUCACGGACCCAGAAAUAAUUUCCCGAGCACCUAAAGAUUCAUCGGAGCCUGGCUACUUGCAAGAGAUACUUAGCUUCAAGCAGCGUAUUUCUAACAAACCGAAUUCUCCUGGAGUUGGGGAAAGCCAGCGUGUUAACAAGAUUCUGGAAAAUCUACCAGAAGUAUCAUUAUCCAGCAUUACGUUUGAGUCUUCACCUUCUGCUAUUCCGGAUAAAUUGAGGAAAACACUUUCUAAGAAGAAGGAUCGUCCCUCGCAAAAAUCAGCUUGGAAGAAUGACAUGUCCCGACCCCAAAGACAAAAAGACCGCGCUUACCUCCAGAGGCUGGAGGACCGCCACAACUUCCUGAAGAACCCACGCUUUUUCCCGCCUAACUCUCUUUGUGGUGGCAAAUCCUUGAUCUUGCCUCAGAAGAAGGUGCAGCGAAUGAUCGCAGGAAAGAAAAGGAUCACGGUGGAAAGCGAUUCCCAGUCUGUGCCUGUCUUUCUAGCAAACCCACCAGCUGUUGUGUUUUCUUAUUAUGAAGUUGGGCAGGUUUAUGAGAUGACCGUAGAGUUACAGAACAUGACUUCAACGUCUCAGUGUCUUAGAAUAAUUCCUCCAGCUACCGAUGCCUUUUCCAUUGGGCUGGGACACUUUCCAGGCGAAGGAGGACUCGUCGCCCCCGGAAUGAGUUGCUACUACGUGGUCCAGUUUAUUCCAGAAUACCUGUCAGAUUACAAGGAUUACAUACUAGUAGAGUCACAAACAACCUACCCGCUGCUGGUCCCUUUGGAAGGCCGAAGGCCACCUCCCAUCUUAACGUUGCCUCACAUUUUGGACUGCGGGCCUUGCCUUGUGGGCGGAGUGAAAUUUACAGAAUUCCUGUGCAAAAAUGAAGGGUCCAGCAUUGGGAAGUUCUGCAUAAUGCCAAAGCAUAUCUGGCCACCUCCUCACUUCCGGGCCGUUGCCACUUUAGGUUACGUCGAGCAAGAGCCGUUCGGGAUCAGACCUGCUGUUUUUGAGCUAGCUCCAGGCCAGUCUACGUUAAUUGAGGUUGUGUUCAUGCCCACUGUGCCCGAAGUGGUGUCAGUGAAGUAUAUCCUCAUUUGUGACAAUUGCCAAACCAACGACCUUACUGUGACAGGACUCGGGCAGCUGAUAGCUCUGAAGCUUUUGUCUGUUACUGGAGGAGAAAGCAGCCCUAUGCCCGGCGAGCUUGUCGAUGUGACAGCGCAACACCUUGUGCGCUUUGGUUCUUUGAAUCCCAAAUCUAAGGCAGAGAAAACUCUGGUUCUAAGAAAUCUGACCCACGUGGAUUUCCCUUUUUUCUGGCAGAUAAUGAAGCCCAAUCUGCAGGCAUCAGUGUUGGAAGGAAAAGCGGACCUGACAAAGAUAAAGUACAACUUGGAGACGGAGUCUGCUUUCUCUGUGACUCCUGCCAUGGGGGUUCUGCACCCCCAUAGCAAUCACUCGUUUACUCUCUCUUACCAUCCAAAGGAGCCAAAGUCGUAUCACAGCGUGCUUCAGAUUGUGCUGGAAGAUAUCCCAGAGCUACCUGACCCUCAAAAACGGGAGCAGUACGAAAGCGGAGAAAGGCGUCAAGAAGACGUGAUUGCUUUGGAAAUAGACGUCAAAGGCGAUACGGAACCCUUCCAGAUCCUUUUGGAGCCCUAUGCCAUGAUCAUCCCAGGAGAAAACUACAUUGGUGUAAAUGUUAGGAGAACAUUUAGCAUGUACAAUAACAGCAAAUCGUCCAUCAGGUUUACAUGGGAGAAAAUAAGUGAUUGCGACAUAGUUGAAGUUGAACCUUAUUCCGGAAAAUUAGGGGUAAAUGAAUUCCAAGAGUUUGAGUUCACCAUUACUGGAGGGAAACCUGGGCAUUCCUGCCAUGAUCUGCAGUGCAAAAUCACUCACUCCAAAGAGCCCGUUGUAUUGCACGUGGAAGCCGACUUUAAGGGACCUGUUCUUUCCAUUGACGUCCCAUCCUUUGACCUGGGCCUGCUUAAACUGGGAGAAAAAGUGCGGUUCACGUUUCAGAUAGAAAAUCUAAGUCAGCUGCCAGGGAAGUGGAAAAUUCAGGAAAGCCCUGCUUGCUUAGCGGAAAGAAAUGAAGAGACCUCGCCAUUCAAAUUUCAGCCACGUGGUGGAGAAUUGUAUCCUCUCGGCAAGUGCAAGGUCUCUGUUUUGUUCACAUCAUACAUGUGUCAACGUCUUAAGACCGUGUUAGAGAUGGAGGUGGAAAAUGGAGUUGGAAGUCACAUCCUUGUUUUUGUGGAAGUCCAGACUCCCCACGUCUGCCUGCUGUCGAGUCAUUUGCAUUUUGACCUCUCGGUUGGAAUCCCCGCGGAAGCAACCGUUCAUCUUUUUAACCAGACGCUGCUCCCGUCGCGCUUCCAGUGGGGCGAGCUCCUUGGAAGCCAAGCUUCUUCCUGCGAGCUCAGCAUCUCUCCCGAAAGUGGCACUUUGGGUCCCAACGAAACGAAGGAAUUGCGUGUGGUGAUAACUACGAAUGUUAAGGAGAAACUGAGUGACCUUGCCCUGUGCUGUAGCAUCGAAGACAUGUUGGACCCCCUAUUUCUGGCAAUUUCUGGUGAAGUUAAGGGGCUCAGAAUCACCUACUCCAUACCUUCUGACAGUGUUGAGGAGCAAAAUUCGGAAUCUUCUCAAGAUCUGAUGCUAGACUUCGGCUUGGAAGUGGCAUUGAAAAGUGUGAUAAAACACCAGCUAAUAAUUACCAAUCACUCCGAGUUAGCUGCUCUGUUCUCCAUAGUGGUUGAGUAUUUCAGCCAACCAGCUCCACUUCCCUCAGAUGAACAGGGCCAAGAUGGCUCCUCCAAAGCUGUCGUGGAAACCACAAGACGAAUAACGAGGCAGGCUGCAAAGAGGAAACAAUCAGCCUUCAGAGCUGCCAUGCUAUCUCACGGAAAGGGAGCGACUUUCCACGUACACCCCUCUGAGGGGAUCCUGAAGGCCUUCGAGGAGCUUGUGGUCAAUAUAACGGCUUAUAACAACAUGUGGGGGCAAUACCAGGACACCCUCAUCUGUAAGGUGGGGGAAUCAGAGCCAAUGUUGAUCCCCAUCCAAAUGACUGUGAAAGGCUGCCCAAUCUUCUUGCAGAUGACAGGACCCAGCCACCCAAUGCCAACGCCUGUAAUCAGGUUUGGGGCCCACAUCUCCGGAGGGGAUACAGUCUCGCGGUACGUCCGGCUCAACAACCCCACUCCCUUUGACAUCCGAAUGGACUGGGAAAGCUAUAACCAGGAUAAAGAUGACGACAAGCUGGUGGACCUCUUGGUCUUCUACGGAGCUCCUUUCCCUGUUAGAGACCUUGACGGCAAUGAGAUUGAAGUCCUCUGGGAGACUGAAACACCCCCGGAGAAAGUGCCUUACGCUGCAGGAUCUCUCAAGGAGAACCCGAAUCUGGGUGCAAUUUUGGAGGACGACGAAGGAGGAGGAGGAGGAAGCAGCAGCAGCAGUAGCAGCAGCGAUGACUCUUGGCAACCGACCGUCCUCAAGAAAAUAAUCUCGGUGGUCAUCCGGCCCCACGAGGGGGUGCCCUCCGACUACCCUUUCUGCAUCACUCCCAAGCAAGUGGUGGUCCCUUCAGGUGGUGCUGCUGCCAUCCACAUUUCCUUCACUCCGCUGAUGCUGCCAGAGAUCAUCAACAAGUUUGAAUGUGAAGGUUUUGCCCUUGGCUUCAUGAGCCUGGAUAGCAGGAUGGUUCGGAACGUCCCUGGGAAAGUGACUCGUGGAGACGGCUAUGCCGUUGCGCCUCUGCGGAUUGACCUGCAAGCGUUUGUCAAGCCGGCUUUGCUAACUGCUGAGAUGGAUUAUGAGAGCGGAUUGGUGUUUCACGCUCUGGCCAGCGCCCUUAUCCCAGACGAGCCCCUCAUGGGCGUACUGACACAGUCAGCCACAACCCUUAACCUGAAGCUCACCAACAACACAGAGACUCCUCUGUCCUUCAAGCUGGUUUUGACGACGCCCUUCUCCGUGUCUGGCGUAGACCCCAAGAAGAAUCUGAAGAUACCCCACAGUGACAGUGAAAACGGGGAGCAGCACCUUUUACUCUAUCCUCUGGAAAAUAUGCUGGUAAAGGUGUCAUUCCACACAUCUCUGGAGUUACUAACCUACCAACAUCUCUCGGAAGACCAGUUCCUGCCUGGGCUUCAAGUGCUACAGCUUGAAAACGGAGACAAAAUACUAGAGUUUAAGCAAAAUCUCGUCAUUGAAUACAGUAACAAAGCAACCCAGGCAUUGCCCAUGGCUGCAUACCUCACUGUCCCAGUACUUGGGCUCUCUUGUGACACGAUUGAUUUUGAAGUCUGCCUUGUUAAUCAAACGAGGUCCGAAGCUGUCCUUGUGAUGAAUACAAGUGGAUGCAGGAGCUACUGGACAGCUUUGCUAGAUAAAAAUGAGCGGCACAAAGAACCUGAAGUGUUUUCCAUCUCCCCAAAUAACGGCGUUCUUGAAGCACAUCAAAGUAGUGUGCCUACCAAAACACUUCUGGUGGUUCGCUUCACCCCAAGGGAGGAUGUGGAAUAUCAAACCAUAAUCACAGUUGUUGGGAUGCUGGGAGAGGCACCCUGCCUGCUCUACGUCCGGGGAAAAGGAUCUUACGAUGAGAAGUAUGAAGAAAUGCGCAAAACGUAAAGCGCCCAACCAGUUUUCCAGCUAAAGCUGGUGUCGCAGGUGGCUGUAGGUAGGUUUACCUGGUUUUUGGUGAUGUAUAGUAGAAAAUAAAAGGCUGUUAUUUCUGUU